AUGUCUUCUGUUAUGGCAUCUGCGAGUGCGGCGCCCACGGAGCCUAUCAAGGCUCCGCCCCAAGCGGGCAUUCUGGAGGGGGUCAAUCCUGUGCAUUUUGACAAGAAUCAUCCGAUUAUUCUGUUUAUCGUUCAGGCAGGCAUAAUCAUCAUCUUCUGCCGCGCCCUCAACUGGCCCCUCUCCAAAAUCCGCCAACCACGCGUGAUAUCCGAAAUCAUCGGCGGCAUUAUCCUCGGUCCCUCAGUAAUGGGCCGCAUCCCCGGCUUCCAAACCUCCAUCUUCCCCACCGAGUCCAUGACCAACUUGAACCUAGUCGCCAACCUCGGUCUGACGUUAUUCCUCUUCAUCAUCGGAUUGGAAGUCGAUCUGCGGUUCCUACUCAGCAAUUGGCGGCCUGCGCUCAAUGUUGGGCUCGCGAGUAUGGCGGUGCCGUUUGGACUGGGUUGUGCGAUCGCCGUGGGGUUGUACAAUGAGUUCAAGGAUGAGCCGGGAACGGUGCAGAUUGAUUUUGCGAUUUUUAUGCUGUUUAUUGGUGUGGCUAUGGCUAUCACUGCCUUUCCGGUACUGUGUCGUAUCUUGACGGAACUGAAACUGCUCAUGACGCCGGUCGGUGUUAUUGUUCUUUCAGCGGGUGUUGGGAAUGACGUUGUUGGAUGGAUCCUUCUCGCUCUCUGCGUGGCCCUCGUCAACGCUGGUUCAGGUCUCUCGGCACUGUGGGUCCUCCUCACCUGCGCCGGAUACAUGCUGUUCCUCGUGUACGCCGUCCGACCAGUCUUCGUCUACGUCCUGCGUCGAUCUCGCGCACUCCAAGAUGGUCCCAGUCAAGGCAUCAUCAGUCUGACACUGCUCAUCGCCCUGGGCUCUGCCUUCUUCACUGGUAUCAUCGGCGUUCACCCCAUUUUCGGAGCGUUCAUGGCGGGACUUAUCUGUCCCCACGAGGGUGGUUUUGCUAUCAAAGUCGCUGAGAAGAUUGAGGAUCUGAUUGGGGCACUCUUCCUCCCGCUCUACUUCACUCUCUCGGGACUGAACACCAACAUCGGUCUCCUGGACUCUGGUAUUGUGUGGGCGUACGUCAUCGGCGUCUGCGCUGUCGCCUUCUUCUCCAAGUUCCUGAGUGCAACCCUUGCAGCUCGCGGAAGCAAGAUGCUGUGGCGAGAAUGCUUCGCUGUGGGCUCUUUGAUGAGUUGUAAGGGAUUGGUGGAGCUUAUCGUCUUGAACAUCGGACUGAAUGCCAAGAUUCUCAGCACCCGAACCUUCACCAUCUUCGUCGUCAUGGCCCUCGUUACUACCUUUGCAUCGUCUCCAUUGACAAUGUACUUCUACCCUCCCUGGUAUCAGAAGAAGGUUGAGGCAUGGCGUCGCGGCGAGAUUGACUGGGACACCGGCAAGCCUCUCGACGGCUCAGACGAAGGUGCCGAUGGGAUCAAUUACGAGAAGAUGGCUGCUGAGAAGAUUCAACGGAUGACCAUCUACCUCCGUCUGGACAGCAUGCCCAACCUGUUGGCCUUCACCUCGCUCUUCGGUGGAAACGCGGACAAGCCGGCGCCCAAGACGCACCCAUCGAAAGACAUCAGCACAAGCAAAGAGACAGGCGAGACGUCACUUGUCGAGACUGCACCAUCGCGACCAGUCGAAGCCUACGGUCUCCGACUACUCAACCUCACCGACCGUGGCUCCUCCGUCAUGCAGGUCUCGGAGCUAGAAUCCUACACAGCCUACGACCCAGUCGUGAACACGUUCCGCACAUUUGGCCGUCUUCACAACCUUGCCGUCAGCGGCGAAGUGCUCGUCGUGCCGGAAUCGUCUUUCGCUGAGACUCUCGCUACCCGUGCAUCUGACUCCAACUUCCUAGUCCUGCCUUGGAGCGAGACAGGCGGUAUGUCGGAGCAAGCCAUUAUCGAAGACAAGGGAACGAAGAACAAGCUCGCCGCUUCAACGUACAACACGUUUGUGCACGACACACUCGAACAAGCCAGUAUACCCGUGGCAGUCCUGAUCAACAAGAACUUUGGCGGCAGCAAGAACAAAGAGCAGAAGCAGCGGCUGAAGCUUACCAGGACAUACAGCAGUGUUAGUCUGUCUAGCGCCAGGGACAAGGCGGUCACAGCACCCAUCGCGGAUCGAAGCCACCACGUCUUCUUCCCCUUCUUUGGUGGCAACGACGACCGGACUGCUCUACGUCUGGUUCUCCAAUUAGCCGAGAACCCUCAAGUCACUGUUACCGUCGUGUACUUCGAUGUUCCGGAGUCUGUUAUCGGCCAAGCGUCGCCCGUCUCAUCAACGGUUCUAGGAAAGGCCGGAGAAGUAGUCACAACGACGACUACAUCCCGCGAGCAGGAUGCAGCCUUCUUCGCUUCGCUCCGUGCCUCACUUCCUGUCGAUCUAGCAAGCCGUGUCGUCUUCGAGACUAUGGCUUCCACUGCGCCUGUUCAGGAUGUCAUUGCCCGCGCGAGCAUUGAGGUCGGGCAGUCGCCGAGGAACGCUGGUGAUCUCAUCGUGCUGGGUAGGAACGUAGCAAGGAACAGUGUGUUGGAGAGGGAGAGCACAGCAGACGAGAUAAGGAGUAGCUCGAGUGCAGCAGCAACACUGGGUGUGCUUGCUGAGAAGGUCUGGGAGGGCAGACUGGGAGCUAGUGUGUUGGUUGUCAAGGCGGGAUUGUGA